GGCCAGAGAGAGAAGUUGUCUCAAUUUACGGGGAUGACUUUAGCACCCCGACAUUCAGACCUCCAUAUUUCAUCGAAGUUUAUCGUUGUGUUAAAGUGGAGGUGGGCGAAUGCCGUAGUAGUUGUAAAGGAUAUCCCGUGCCAAAGAAAACGGAAGAAAUUCAGAUUGUGGUUCCGGAUAUAAGAAACAAAGAUCUGGAUCCCAGCAAUAAAAAGAAGUUGUAUAAAUAUGUAGUCUACAAUCACACGUCUUGUAAAUGUGGGCAUUCAAAUUACGGGAAAACGAAACUGUAUAAAACCAUAACAAAUAACAUAGGUUAGUCCAGCUUACCGUAUACGAAUAUAAUUAACUUUUUAUUAACUAUAGUUUCUUCAAUAAUUUUAUUGUUAUAAAUAGUCAACCUAUCAUAAAACCCGUUCAUAAAUUGAGCGAUUCGAAAAUUAGCUAGAAAAAUUUUGCACUUUUAUAUUUUAUGCAUGACCAAGCAAACAAAUAAUUUUUCAACAGAGAAGAAAUUAUAGUCCUUUGAACUUAUAAUUUUGUUCAAAAAGCACUAAUUAGAACGAGACUAGUCAGUAAAUAAAUAUUUCUUGAAUGAACGUACGCCCUCUUUUGUUGGUAAGAAGUGCACUUUUUGCAGUAGUAAAGACUCUGUAUAUAAAGGCCAUUUCCGACGUUAUAGAAACUCCACAUUUUCAAAAAUUUUCGCUCGCCUCCUGAACGAUAUAAAAUCGUUUGAUUUUGGUCAUAUACAAAAGUGUCCCUUUUGGCCAAUGCCCCUCCAUUUUCGAAAUGCCUCCGCGGCCUCUGGUCAGGCUUGUUUGCUGAAUCUAGGAAAACUUAAUUUGUAUGUUUCACUUAAAAUUUAAUCAGUUCUCAAAGAGAGUACAUGGUUUUCUAUUUAUAUUUUGUAAGACUUAUCUUGAAGUAUUCUUUCAUGUGGCAUUGAUUACCUUGGUUGAACUUAAUUUCGGAAGAAUAGAAAUGACAACUAUUUUUCGAAUCGGUCUAGAUACUGACAAUACAUGCAGGGUAUCCCAAAAGAAAGGUAAUCCAAAUUUGACAGGUUAUAGCUUUUGCUGAAGCGUUAAACGAUCCUAACAAUGGACAACUUGCAUGUUAGACUAAAUUUUAAUCUAAGUAAAGAGAACGGAAUCAAACACAACAGUUAAAAAGAACAAAAUGAAAUUAGAAAAAAUUGCAAAAUUUGGUAGCGAAAUGUUGUAAAAUACAGAAAAUAUAGCCUUGCGAAGUUUGCAUAUUUUCAGUAUAUUUGUAUUACGUGCGGAAAUUGUUACCAUUUUCGGCUCAAAAAUGGUAACAAAGAAAAUACAAACAUACUGAAAAUAUGCAAAUUUCGCAAGGCUAUAUUUUCUGUAUUUUACAACAUUUCGCAACCAAAUUUUGCAAUUUUACUGAUUUUCAUAAGUUCUUUACGGAAGUUUCCUUUUUUUGCCUAAAUAAAAAAAUUAGUGUAACAUGCAAGUUGUCUAUUAAUUUAAUUAAUUAAGGAAUGCUGACAAGCGAUGCUGACAAAGAAAAAAGUAGCUUCGUGCCCAUACAUUCUCCUAGUGGUAAAAUGGCUUGAAUAAAUAUUUCUUGGUUCUUUCCUGUACAUGUCUCAGCUGCAAAGAAAAAGUGAUUAUCACAUCUCACAACUUUAAUCUGUGUCAAUUUUCUUGUAGUGUCAGAAGCAAGUUUCCGUGCAAGCUAUUCGAGCAAUCCAGUCAAUUUGGUACGUGUCUGUGAUGUCUGCAAAAGUCCUCAACGAAGAUAUAUUCUCACUCGUGGCCAUGCCAAAGUUCCACCACAAUCUAAAUAUCUGGCUUACCAGCAUUGUUUGCCUGGCUGCGUGGCG